AUGGGACAGGGACAGGGCGGAAGCUCCCAGGCCACUGAGCAGCAGGCGUGCAAGCUAGGAAGGCUGCCCAGAGGAGGCAGCCCCCAGCUGCAGCUCCUCGGUGCCAGGAGGUGCAUCUGCAUAGGCAGCGGUCCGAGCCCCACUCAGACGCCACCUGGAGAGGCACCCGCACUGCCGGGCAGCUCUCCCUCGCGUCAGGAUCUGCCCUCCCACCGCCAGCUGAUCCCAGCUCUGCCCUCUGGGCCUGUGGUAGCCUGGCUGCACUCACUGGAAGGAAGAAGCCUCAGGAUUCGAAGAGGCCCCAUCGGCAGUGCAGCGCAGCACUUCGGACAGCUCCGGGGACGCGCGCACGCCUCCGGGCGCAGGUCCACGGCCCAGAGACUCUCCAGGUCCCCCAGAGCCUCUCCCCGGGACUCCUCCCCAGGAGCCCUCCCCCCGGCCGCUCCCCUGGGCGGGUCCCCCCGAGAGGGUCCUCCGAGCUUCCUAGAGCUCCCGGAAGUGCCGGCGGGGCGGGGCUCCCUGUGGGCGCGGCGCGUGCCUCCGGCUCCGGCUCCCACCGGGGCCCAGGGGGUGGUGGGUGAGAUACCCCGCGGUGCUGGUCGCUGGGCCCUGCAGCCAGGCCGGCGGGGGACGCGGCGUCGCGCCUGGCUCCCUCCCGCCGUCAGCGCGACCAGCCAGCCGCGCCCCCCGCCGCUCUCGGUACCGUGGCCGGCGGAUUCGAGCGCCGGCGCCCGAGCUUCGUCCGUGCGCGAGGAGGGCGCCCCCGGCCUGCUGGGCCCAGGGCCUGGACGGCCACUGGCUAGGACCUCUCCACGGAUCAGCACGAAACCUCAUCUCACCGAUGGCAGCGCUGUCACCCGCUGUGACCUCACCCCCACUCUGCCUGCCGAGGGGACCGGGCCAGGCUCUCCUCUUCCGGAGGCGGGGACCCAGGGACAUGACCAUGAGGACGGAGUUCAGAGCGAGGAGCAGAUUCCGGGGCAGAACCGCACGGUGUCCCGGGGACAAAGGUCCUAA